AUGUCUUUUCUGUUAACUUUUCUGAUUAAACCAGUUUCAAGUGAUUGUAUUUUACAUGUUCCCUUUCCUACAUGUUCUAUCACUACAAAUGAACCAUACCACUUUUCUUCAGUCUUAGUUCGGUUCAAAUCUCGAUUUUUAUACAUACAUAAUACUCCUUCUUUUAGGUCUUGUUCUGGGUGA